AUGAAUGCCUCCGUCCCCAACUCUCUCCCCUCCACAAGAGAAUUUGUAGACAGUUUGAUCACCGAGUUGGCUUUCCACACAGGUACCAAUGUCAACGAAUUGGGCCAACCAAACACGCAAACUGCCUCCCCAAAGCAAACGCAAAACGCCUUCUCGGGUCUUCCGGCAUUACAAUUGGCCAGAGUCAAGCCUCUGAUGCUCUCGCUACACUGUAUCUUCCCCAAUGAUCUUCUUCCGGCCCUCGACAUUCUCGACCGCGGACUCGUGCAGCGUUUGGUGCGUGCCGACCACGUCGAUGCCCAAGAUCAAACAACAGAUACAGCUAGUCAAAACCUAUCAAAAAACUCACUUGUGAGCUCCGGACAGGCGAAAAUACGCGAAGACAUCUUCCUGGUCAUAUCCGCCUCGACUUCUCCCCGCAGUGUCGCUUCAUCGGCCUUCGCCACGCAGGAAUCAGAAAAGGGCUACGAGGUCCGUCUGCACGCAUGGAAUUGUACCUGUCCCACUUUUGCCCUGUCAGCAUUCCGACAUCUGCCCUCCAGACUGGAUUCUUCUACGGAGAAUCGCUCUCAUCUGAUGCUGCGUGACCGGGGUGAGACCGUUGUCUACCCAUUUGGUGGGACGCUUACUUGUGCUACGGACAGGGGAUCUCCACCAGUCUGCAAACAUGUUCUAGCCUGUGUUCUGUUUGCUCGGUGCCAGGGUUUCUUCGAGGUGGAUGGGGACGGAAAAAGCGUGGUUUCUAUGGAGGAGUUGGCUGGCUGGUGUGCUGGCUGGGGAGGUUGA